AUGCGACGAAGCGAAGGGGGUCUAGGCAUCCCAAACCUCGAGGCUCUGCUCAAACGUCAGCGUCUCCAAUUAUUGCUGCAGUUCAUCACUGCCGCUACUGCCAAAGGUGAGCGUAAUUGGACCACUUCAGGCUCUGAGGUUCUCAUGUUAAUUCUUUUUCGCACUGGCAACCGCCACGCACUCGACUUCCUCACCAUCUCCCCACUACGUCACGGUGAGAUGAUCAACUGGCGACUGACUUCACAUUGGUGGCGUGUGACGUGGACUUGGUGGUACAAGAUCCGCUGGGACAUCACGCAACGCGAUUUACCUUCCGGCGAUCGCGUUUUAUAUAACCUUCACCAGCCGAUCUGGUAUCAUGCGGACCCAGAUCUGUACUUUGAACGGGCAACACGGAGUUGUACCAGACAAGCGCAUCGCCGCUGCAUUGGGAUGGUCCCGGAACCCUAG